CCGCGCCAGCCCCGGCCGGCUCCGCUCCCUGGGCCAGAAGAGCGGCGUGGCGGUGCCUUCCCCGGGAAGCGGCCGUGUUGCCUGCUGCGGCUCCCGGGUCCUUGUAACCAGCUGCUGCUGCACGGCCGGGAUAGCCUCCAGCAACCUCGUUUCCAGCGCGGCGGCAGCGGCAACUCCUCUUUGCGCUCCUCCCGUCCCUUCCUUUCCCUCCCCUUCUCCAUCUUCCUUCUACUUCUUGCCACCGCCGCCUCCUCCUCCCCUUUUCCCCUCCUCGUCUUCUUUCAACCGCCCAAGUCCCCUCGGGAGGGAAGGAGGGGAGGAAACCAUCUGGGCAUCAGGCAGAGAUGUUAGAGCGGCGGCGGCAGGAGCAGCUCGUUUGAUCGUCUGCCCUGGCGGCGGCAGGAGGCGACUGUUUCUCCCUCCGUCCUUCCAGGAUUUGCUGCUGCCGCCUUCGAGCUCCAAAGGCACCCCCGGUCAGCGUCGCCGUCGUCGUCAGCAGCUGCAGCGAGCGCCUACCGGCCCUCGGCUUUUGUGCCCGGCUCUUUCUGGCUUGUGGUCCUCCAGUCUGCUGGGAGGAGGAGGGGGAGCCGCCCCUGGUGACGGCCCCGGAGGUGGAGGCGGGCGCCGGGCUUCGAAACCGCAGCGACCCGGAGGCACCUUGUGGACUUUCACUUCUUUCCCGACUCCCCUGCUGUUCGGGCCAGACAUGGAAGAUGGAUCUUCGGCCAGCUGCUUUAGACGCUUCACUGAGUGUUUCCUGAGCACAAGUUUGACGGAUGAAAAAGUGAAGGCCUAUCUUUCUCUUCAUCCACAGGUACUGGAUGAAUUUGUGUCUGAAAGUGUUAGUGCUGAGACAGUAGAAAAAUGGCUGCGAAGGAAAUACAACGCAAAGGAAGAGGUUUCGAUUGCUAAGCAAGUCAACAGGUACCAGGAUACUGAUAUGCAAGGAUUGGUGUAUGAACUGAACAGCUAUAUAGAACAGAGGUUGGACUUAGGAGGGAACAAUCAUCUGCUUUUAUAUGAAUUGAGUAGUAUUAUUCAAAUGGCUACAAAUGCUGAUGGAUUUGCAUUAUAUUUCCUUGGUGAAUGCAAUAAUAGUCUCUGCAUGUUCAAACCACCAGGAGAAAAUGAUGGACAACCAUGUCUUGUUCCUGUAGGGCCCAUUAGACUUGGAACUACAAUAUCUGCAUAUGUAGCCAAAUCUAGGAGAACAAUAUUGGUAGAAGAUAUUUUGGGGGAUGAGCGAUUUCCCAGAGGUACUGGAUUGGAAUCAGUGACCCGUAUACAUUCUGUGCUUUGUUUGCCAAUCGUUACUGCAAUUGGUGAUUUGAUUGGUAUCUUGGAACUUUAUCGGCACUGGGGAAAUGACAUCUUCCAAAUCAGUCAUCAAGAGGUUGCAACAGCCAAUCUUGCAUGGGCCUCUGUAGCAUUACAUCAAGUGGAGGUGUCAAAGGGCCUUGCCAAACAGACGGAACUCAAUGACUUCCUGCUUGAUGUAUCAAAGACCUAUUUUGAUAACAUAGUUGCAAUAGAUUCUCUACUUGAACAUAUAAUGAUAUAUGCAAAAAAUCUGGUGAAUGCAGACCGCUGUGCAUUAUUCCAGGUAGACCAUAAGAACAAGGAACUAUAUUCAGACCUGUUUGAUAUUGGUGAAGAAAAUGAAGGGAAACCUGUCUUCAAGAAGACCAAAGAAAUAAGAUUUUCUAUUGAAAAAGGAAUUGCUGGCCAAGUAGCAAGAACAGGUGAAGUCCUCAAUAUUCCUGAUGCCUAUGCAGAUCCACGCUUUAACAGAGAAGUAGACCUCUACACAGGUUACACCACCAGGAACAUUUUAUGCAUGCCGAUUGUGAGCCGAGGAAGUGUAAUAGGUGUUGUACAAAUGGUGAACAAACUUAGUGGAAGUGCCUUCUCUAAAACAGAUGAAAACAACUUUAAAAUGUUUGCUGUCUUUUGUGCUUUAGCCUUACACUGCGCUAACAUGUACCACAGAAUUCGCCAUUCAGAGUGUAUUUACCGUGUGACUAUGGAGAAACUUUCCUAUCACAGUGUUUGUACAGCAGAAGAAUGGAAAAACCUUAUGGACUGUGUAUUUCCACCAAAUAUUGCCCAAGAAAUUGAACUGUACCACUUUGAUAUCAGCCCCUACGAAGAUUUCUGGCCAACCAUUUUUAUCCAUAUGGUCCAUCAAUGUUGUGGGAAAGGCUGGAGCAGGCAAGGGAGUUCGAAGAUUGAAGAUUGCGCUGCUAUGAUCUCAGGAUUGAGCCUUUAUGUGGAAUCUGAUAUUGUGGAGGAAGGUUUUGAACUAGAAAAACUAUGCCGUUUUACUAUGUCUGUAAAGAAGAACUACCGCCGUGUUCCCUAUCACAACUGGAAGCAUGCAGUUACAGUUGCCCAUUGCAUGUAUGCUAUCCUACAGCAUAACCAUGAGCUUUUCACUGACAUAGAACGAAGAGGUCUCCUGAUUGCAUGUUUAUGUCAUGACCUGGAUCACAGAGGUUAUAGCAACAGCUACCUUCAGAAGUUUGAUCAUCCUCUAGCUGCUCUUUAUUCCACCUCAACCAUGGAGCAACACCACUUUUCACAGGCCGUAGCUAUAUUGCAGUUGGAAGGCCACAAUAUCUUCAAUAAUUGGAAUUCUACGGAGUACGAACAGAUCCUGGAAAUCAUCCGCAAAGCCAUCAUUGCUACAGAUCUUGCUUUGUACUUUGGAAACAGGAAACAGUUAGAAGACCUUUAUCAGACCAGAACACUAAACCUUACAAAUCAAGCACAUAGGGACCGUGUGAUUGCAUUGAUGAUGACAGCUUGUGACUUAUGUUCUGUUACAAAAUUAUGGCAUGUAACAAGAUCGACAUCCAGUGAUAUAUAUGCCGAAUUUUGGACGGAGGGUGAUGAAAUGAAGAAGUUAGGUAUUCAACCUAUUCCCAUGAUGGACAGAGACAAGAAGGAUGAGGUUCCUCAGGGUCAGAUUGGGUUCUAUAAUGCUGUAGCCAUUCCAUGCUACACCACACUCAUGGAGAUCUUGCCUACCACAGCACCACUUCUUCUGGCUUGCAAGGAAAAUCUCAAACAAUGGGAAAAAGUGAUGAGAGGAGAAGAAGCUUAUGGAUGGCUACCACCAGAGCAAGAUGAAACAGAAACAUCAGAUUCACUUCCAGUGAAGAUUGAUGACUGAGUCCUAUUUAAAAACUGUUUCAUCAUCCUAUCCCCUUUUUAGGCAUCUGUAUUUUAUUUUUCAAAGGAUAAAAACUGCAAAUGUUAACUGGGAAGAUUUUGAAGUUUCCUUUCUUCACUGAUACAGUAUGAACUGGGAGAGAGUUUGACAAUUCAGUGGUUCCAGAAUCAUAUAUCAAAAAUCAAAUGUUUGGCUUUUAAAUAUACAAAACCUUUCUCAUGGGCUACAUCGCUGAGGCCUUAAUUUAAAAUCGUUUUGGUCGGGGGGGGGGCGACAACUUAGGAAUUGCUUUUAAAUUUUAUCGUUAUAAUAGGGGGUUUCAAUGGUACUUUUGCUAUACCAUAACUGGUAUAGUAAACUGACUGAUACCUGUGGGAGUUUUUGUUGUAAGUAGGACAUUUCCACAUUGCUGUUGUGAGUGUUUAUGCUUGCAUAAUCAGUUGAACUCCAGUAAACACUUUCUGGGGCUUAAACUGACAUUGAGUUUAUAGUACUUGAACUUAUCUUGCUACAGACAGGGAAUUUAACUUCCAGAUAGAAGGCUUCAGAAAUUAUCUUAUUAACAUAUUGGGGGCAAUAUGCAUUGCUGUGUACCUUGAACAUUUAAGUGGUGAUAAUGUUUGGCUACUCAAUGAUAUCAUAAGCGAGAAGAAGUGUCCAUUUGUACACUGGAAAUACAGAAAAUUUGCCUCUGGUAUUCUGAGUAAGAGUAAUUUUAAAAGUGUAGGCAGACACCUGUCAAGCUGGCCAGUUAUAUUUUAGCAAGUGUUGAAGAGACAUGCCUUCAAAUCCCAUCUAGCCCAUGAGGAACAGGGACUUCCAGCCACAGUCAUAUUUGGUGAAAGUCAUUUUGGUACCACCACAAUAUAUAAAACAGCAGCUUUUGUGUUGCUGACUAGUACUCAGUAUGGUUUCUUCUACCCUUCCUAUCUGGCUUUCAGAUGAGUUAGAAUUGGCCAUGCUGGUAGGGGCUGAUGGGAAUUGUAGUUCCUGAACAUCUGGAGAGCCGCAGGUUCCCUACCCCUGAGUUAGAUCUUUCGCUCUCUCUCCCUGUCCCCUCCCCACAGAUUUCUUUUGUCUAAUCUUGUAGACAGCCACUGUCUGCUCUAGUGUCACCUGCUGAACAAGUAAGCUGAUUAGGAAACCAUUGUACUUGAAUACUGUGAAUGAAAGUCUGUGCUGACUUGGCCCCUAGUUCUGCAGACUAUGAUGUUGCAGAUUAUUAUGUUGUGUCAAAUAUGUGUAUACCUCUUUGCAGAAUUGGGUUUUAGACCUAGUAAAACAUUAAACUAAUGUAAUUUUAUACAGUGUAUAACUUAAGCUAUGGAGUACAAUCUUUGCCUCACUGAUUUCAGUGAGCAUUCUGCUAUUGACUUGAAUGGAUACAGAGUUCAUAUGUCUUUUUCUUUGCCCUUCAUCUUCCAUCUGAUCCCACAAAUAUUCAAGCAUGUAGAAAAUGUAAGAACUGAUCAGGAUCAAAACCAUCCUUGCUUUAUAGCCCUGGCCAACAUCUAUCAGUUGGAUGUUGCAUUUAAAUGGACUUUGCUUGUGGAGGCCUAGCAUUUAUAGGCUUAAUCUGUGCAAAGUUUACAUACAUAUAAAAAUAAGGGUCAUGCACAUUGGACUCUAAACAUGUACUUCCCAUUUCAAGAUCAUGUCAUACAUGUGGAGUGUCCUGGAGCUGGCCAAGGAUUGCCAGGGGGCUAUCAUAAUCUUGCUCACUCUCAAAACACAAACUGUAAAUAUUUAAAAAUUAUUUGAAAGAUACAUUGGAAAAAUUGUACUAAAACAGCUUUUCUUGAAACUUUUUAGGAAUUUUUUUUUCAGGCAUAUGAAAAGGUAUUCUAAUAAUACCUAAGAAACUAUUUGUGAACACUUGAAAUGAUUGGUGAGACUAGGUCUUUUUAUUACAAUGAAUUAAAAUGCUGUAAUUUUCGAAAUGCUAUUUUUUCCUGAAAAAAUUAAGUCGUGCUUAAGAGUUGCUUAAAAGUACAUUGAUAACAUCAUGAAGGAAUGUUGGAUGCAGACCUCAAUGUAGUAUUUCCUUUCUUCUGAAGUACAUAUAAUUAUUUUUAUAAGGACACAUAGACAGAUCCUAGGAUGAAUUCAAGGCAGUGUUGCUUUAGAAUAACUGUUAAAAGUCUAUUCUAGCUGAUUAGUGUAAAUGUCUUUCCAUUGUUAACAAUCUUAUAUUAGCCUGGAAAAAAUCAUCAUAAAAAUAUUUUGGUGGCAAAGAGUUUUGCUUAGGUUGUAGUCAAGCACAUAUUCUUUUAGGUGUGUACAGGUAUGUUUGCACCAUGCAGUGAUAGAUGUAAUUGCAGAAAUAUACUUGAUCCUUUGCCACAUGUGCAAGUUUACAUUUGAGCUCUGGCAAAUCUUUUUUUAAAGACUCAUGUCUUUAAAAAAGGUCUUGAAGGAGUAAUCUACCUAUUUGCUUUAAUCAGUUUUAUAAAAUUUAUCUUAUACAUGAGAUUUAUUGGCCAGCUAGACCAAUAAAUAUUAACAUAUAUAGAUACCAGGUAUGAUCUUAACUUGGAUUAGCUGGAGAGCAAAGCCCAAAAAAGCAAUACAAGCUGUUUCUUUUUUAUCUAAAGCCCUCCUAUAUAUUGUGUAAACAUCCAGAAAAAUGACAGUAAUGUGCAUGAAACCAUUCUGAAAACGUGACAUUAUAAAACUGACAUAUUUGAAAUUUGCAGAGUCUGAGAAUUGGUUCACAUUGGAGUAGUAUAUAGCAUAUGAGGGUGUGCCCUAUCCUCUGGGCACUUAUGUUCUUGAUCGUGUGGAAACUGUCUUUCAUAUUUGUGGGCUGUACACAUCGUCAUUGAACAUACAAAUCCAUGUGCCACAAUAAUUCCCACUUGAAAGCACAGUCAUUAAAAUAGGCUCUACAGGGAUUGCAUGGAUGGCUGAGUCACAUCAGAGCUUCCAUUCUAUCAAGUAGGAGGGUUUUAUCCAUUGAAGAUACUGACAGUGUGAACCAAGACUGAACAUAUUUUGUUUUUAAUUUAGACAACCAUAACUUUCUCUUCUCUCCACCAGCUAUCUUGUCAGUUGAGCAUAUUUCUUUUUUACAGUGUUAAAAGAAUCUCUGAAGGUAGAUAGAUCAUUUUUAGACAUUUAAUGUUCUUAGCAGUAUUGCAUAACUACUGUUUUGCAUGCUUACAUUCGGCCUUCUCUCUCAAAGGAAAUUUUGUUCAAAACAGGCAUGCUAUUUCUUACAUGACAUUGUCCCAGUCCAGAUUGCAGUCCAAAAGCAGGUAUUUAUACAACAUCCUUAUUGCAUUUUGAUGAUUUAUCAUAGAAGUUAAGAACUCAUAAGCCAAUAACUAUAUAAGACAUUAAAAGGGAUCACUGUUUAAAUGAUUAUACAGUUUGUAAUUAAGUUAUGCAUACACAAACAAAUGCACACACAGACAUUCUACAUGUAAAAUAGCACCUGACACAUAUAUUUUGGUCACAAAUAUCAUUAGGGAUAUGAUUAAAUUUUGGCCACCUUCAGUGUGGCAGUUUACAAAAGAAAAAAACCCUCUGUAAACAAAGCAUGUAUGUGUAAAAAACAUUUUGAAACUGAAUUUUAAAAUUCAGUUUCAAAUCUUUUAAAAACUUCAUUAUAGCCUCAGCUAUUUAGUUUUUAGUAAAAGCAACUAAGGGAAUGUUUAAAGCUGUGAAACAUUUUAAAAGUUUCUAAGAGUCUCCUUACCUAUUGCUUCACUCUAGAGGCUGGGAGUGGACCUUGGGCUCCCCAAAAUCUCCCGUCCCUUCCACAUUUUCCUCCCCAUGGGUGAAGGUAAGCCAGGGAAAAGGCAAUCCAUGAUAAGUUCAAUAUCUUCGUAGUUCAGAUAUUAUUUGCAAUCAUGGUGUGAAGAGAAGAGAAGGGAAUAUUUGUAGCCAAGGCCUAUUGCUAGUCUCAUCACAGGUCGAAUUAAGAGCCAAGUAACACACAACAGGCCUUAAGUAUGCAUACAUACUGAGUACUAUUUUUUCUUCUAUUAUUUGCCCUGUGUUUUCCAAUGAAGAAUAAUUUAGCUUGAAGUAGAAAUACAAGUGUUUUUGCCCAUGACACUAUUGCAUUUAAAUUAGACUUUGGAUAUGUAUCUGGAACUGUUUCACUGGAAAUUAAACUAUUUUAAAACAAAGACAUUUUAGAAUGGCUACAAUAUUAUACAAUAAUUCAAUGUUCUGAAGGCAUUCUACAGUACACUGUUUAGUACACCUGAAUGGUAGAAUGCUAUAAUUUUAAAAUAAAGAAAUAAAUUCAGAAAGCUACAAAUGAGCUCAUAUGAGGCACUCCGUGUGGUUCUCAAUGGCCCAAUGAUAUACUCUACAGAAAUGGCAUAAAUAGAAUUGUGUGUAUUAUCUGUAUAGUGCUUGAUUGUUCACAGAUCUGAACAAUUAAAACUAUGUAGAACAUUGAUGGAAUUCAUUUAUGUAGAAUGGUCAAGGCCUGUAAUUGCCCAAGCAGUUAUAAGCCUUCUGCAAAAACUGAAUACACUGUGAUGCAGUCCCAUGCAGUGCACCAUACAGGGCAAGUACAUUUGUUCUGAGUACAAGAAGCUGCUUUCCCUUAAUUGGUAUUAGGAGCAUUGGAUGAUAGUUCUUAAAUUCCAACCUAGCAAAGCCACAUCAUAGUAAUUUUUGUUUUAAAAAUGUUGCUUGCUGACCAAAAACUGUGCUCAACUAGACAUUUGGGUGUGUAUUCUGACAUGCACUCAACACAUUAGUGGUUUAAUUGGAUUAUAGAGUAGAUCCAUGCAUGCCCAGGUUCCACUGGGUUGUUCUGGGAAGAAGGCAUUUCAAGGUAACAACAUCUAAUUUUACUAUAUAUGGGAGUUGGAAAAAAAGAUUUUAUAUAUGAUGCUUAGAAAAUCUUCUUUAUAAAAAGAAAUAUGCAAGUGCAAUAACUUUAAGAGGUCUUAACUUUGCAUUUAUAAAUUAUAAAUACUGUAUAUGGUAUUUAAUUUUCCAUGUAUCCAUUUGCAGUCUUUGUAUUUAAAAAAAAAACCAACCCAAACCUUUACUAUUAUGUUUGUACUAUACAACACAUAAUCAUUUAUUAUGGUCUAGAUAAGUUGUAAAUAAAUUUGCAAAAUGAAACUGCCAGACUAUAUAUAUAUCUGAGAGUCCUAUUGUGAAACCUGUUUCUGCUUUAACAGCUGGCUGUAGUGCAGCAAAGCAAUUUAUGUGGAUAUGUAAUUAUACAUAUAAAUAUAUGUAUGAUACAUAAAAUAUUUAGAAAUGUUCAUAAUUUUAAUUGUAUACAUAUAUAUAAAUAUACACUUUGAUGUGAAUAU